GCAGUUUCGUAGAACCAACCACUCUCCUAAAAUUCAUGCACCACCCCUUUCUCUCUCUACAAUCUACAAAUAUAUUGGUGAAUAAACAGUCGAACACUCCCCAUUUUAUCUACACUCCAAAAGUACUCUGUGUUUCUCCCCAAAACAACUAGCCUAGGAGCUCUCACCUAAAUUGAAAGCACUAAUCAAAGCAUGGAGUUAUUAAACCGAUGCUCCUCAGUUAGCUCUUCUUCCUCAGACUCCUCCUCGGAUUCUCGAAUCAAAGGCCCAUGGAGCGCGGAGGAGGACAAGAUCCUGACCCGCCUCGUGGACCGCUACGGCCCCAGAAACUGGUCCGUCAUAAGCAGCUACAUCAAGGGGCGCUCGCCCAAGUCCUGCCGCCUGCGCUGGUGCAACCAGCUCAGCCCCGCCGUCGAGCACCGCCCCUUCUCCGCCGCCGAGGACGACGCCAUCCUCGCCGCCCAGCUCCACUACGGAAACCGAUGGGCCACCAUCGCGCGCAUGCUCCCCGGCCGCACCGACAAUGCCGUCAAGAACCACUGGAACUCCACCUUGAAGCGCCGCUUCCAAAUGCAGCGGCGGCGGCGAUGCCAGGAGGAUCGGUCGCUGCUGGAGAGCGCGGGUGCUUCGGAUGAGUGCGAUCCGAUGACGGAAUUGUCUUUGGCGCCGCCUGGGACCGGGGGCGCGGUGGCGGCGGCGGAUUUUCCUCCGGGGUUUUGGGGCGAGGUGAGGAAUGUGAUAGCGAGGGACUGCGUUACGACGUCGUUUCAGGAUACUUCCUCUGGCUUUCGUUUGUGAUAAUUAAUUAAAUCAUGUUUGUCGUCUAGCGCAGUUUAAUUAAAGUUUAUUAGCAAGUAAGUCCAUAUAGUUUUGUUAUUAACAAUUGAUCACUCGAGUUUGGGAAUGCUUAAGUGGGAAGACUGCAGUGCAAGCUCUUUUGAUAUCCUUUUCACGUGUAAUCAGUGUUUUAAAAGUUGAAUUGGUGAAAUUAUCGGUUUAAUUGAUUGGA